AUGACCAACUUCGAGAAAGAAAAAGGCAAGGCUUAUUCACAAAGACAACUUAAAAAUAGGUGGGAUGCCUUGAAAAAAGAAUGGAAGGCUUGGAAAAAACUUAAAAGUGAAGAUACUGAUCUAUGGUGGAAUCCUAUAAAAAGAACUAUUUAUGCAUCGGAUGAUUGGUGUGAGAGUAGGUUAAAGAUUUUGCAUAAAGCUCAAAAAUUUAGAACAUUGGCCAUUGAUCCUGAAUUUGAAGGGAAGUUGGACCAGAUGUUCAUGAGGGUAGUUGCAACCGGUGAUAAAACAUGGGCACCUUCUUCUGAUACACUCCAUAGUGAAUUUUUUUGA